AUGGGUGUUUCGAAACCUCGAUCUGGCCGCCCUAAGAAGCUUAUAGAAGAUGACAAAGCUCGAAUCUUGCAGGUUAUUGAGGAGACACCGCGUGUAACCUACGAUGAUCUACUUUCUGAGGUUUCUUAUAAAGUGAAAAAGGAUUCAAUUCGCCGAUUGUUAAACGCUGAGAAUAUGCGUAAGUGGCGCUGCUCUUGGAGACCCUAUCUCGACGAUAAACACGCGGCUAAACGCCUCCGAUGGGCUUUACAAUAUCAGAACUUUACACCCGCUGAUUGGGCCCGUGUUUACUGGUCUGAUGAGUGUACUGUUGAGCGUGGGAUUGGUAUACGCCGCGAAUGGACCUUUAUACGUCCUCGGGAUCAACCAAAAAAGCGUGAAUGUCAAGGGUUACCGCACCGCGGUAAGCAGGUUAAGCAGAUGUUUUGGGCUGCUUUCUCUGCGGAUCGCCGCACUGGUUUAAUUCCUCUAUUCGGAGAUCCUACUUCCGAGCGUGGUGGUGUUAAUCGAUUCGUGAUUGAAGAGUUAUAUCGUCGAGCCUUACCGACCUUAUUGCCUACUGAGGAUGGGAUUUUUAUGCAUGAUAACGCACCUACACAUACCGCGUACGUUGUACGCGAUGCAUUGGCUGAAAUGGAGAUCGAGGUGAUGGUUUGGCCACCUCAUUCGCCUGACCUUAAUCCAAUUGAGAAUCUAUGGGCCCUUCUUAAAGCAGAAAUCUAUAAGAUCCGGCCUGAUCUUAUGGAUAUGAAGAACAACGAUGAGACUAAGAGGAUUUUAGUGGAAACUGCGCAGAUUGCAUGGCAAAAUAUCGAUAUGAAGCAUCUAGAACACCUCUCUGAGACCAUGCCUAAUAGGGUGCAAGCAAUUAUCGAAUCAGAAGGGUGGUAUACGCCAUAUUAG